AGGAGAUGAUGGGCCAUCUACCCAUGAGGAUGUACAUAUGUAUGCAGCCCCACAUAGGAAUACUGCAGCUGACAAUGACCCACCUCUUGAAGAGGGUGAAUGGAUUGACCCACCUCUUGAAGAUGACAUGGAAAGUCUAGUAGGGUCUGAUGAUGAUCAGCCAGCACCAGCUGUAAAAGAACCUGAGUUUAAUGUCCAAACUGACAUGAGAAAGCCAGAGUUAAGGAAAGGAAUGAAGUUUCCAAACUCUAAAGUAUUUAGGGAGGCAUUGAGGGAAUAUGCGAUAAAGAAGCCAGUAAAUAUCAAGUUCAAGCUGAAUGAGAAGAAGAAGAUAUCAGUUUAUUGUAUCAAUAAAUGUGGAUGGAGGUGUUAUGCAUCUCAACUACCUGAAGAGUUGACAUUCCAAAUAAAAACAUUCAAUCCGGAGUGCACUUGCCCUAGAUCCUUCAAACACAGCCAAGUGACUUCAACUUAUGUUGCAAAGAAGUUUAUGCAGGAGUUUGACAAAAACCCCAAUUGGAAAGUGGCUGGUGUUCAACAUCAUGUGAAGCAAGCACUUGAAGUUGACAUAAGUUACAGUCAAGUGUAUAGGGCAAAAAGGAAAGCUACUGACUUGGUUACUAGGGAUGAACAGCUGCAAUAUGGGAAACUUAGGGAUUAUGCAGAGAUGAUAAGAUUGACUGAUAAAGGAAGUAGGGUUAUUUUGCAAACUGAAAUGGAAGAUGAAAAUGCACAGCCGAAAUUUAAGAGAAUGUAUAUUAGGUAUAAUGCACAAAAAUUUGGGUUUUUGGGAGGUUGUAGACCAAUUAUUGGUUUAGAUGGGUGCCACUUGAAAGGCAGAUUUGGGGGGCAAAUACUUUCUGCCAUAGCUAGAGAUGCAAAUGACAAUAUUUUCCCAGUUGCAUUUGCUGUUGUUGAGCAAGAAAACAAAGAUUCAUGGGUAUGGUUUCUGCAGCAGUUUUCAGAUGACAUUGGGGAUCCACAGCAACUUAAUCUGGUCUUCAUCAGUGACAGACAAAAGGGCCUUAUACCUGCAAUUGAGAUGCUGUUCCCAACUUGUGAGCAUAGAUAUUGUGUGAAGCAUAUCUAUAAUAAUUUCAAAGUGGAUCAUAAGGGCUUGGAGUUGAAGGAUGCACUGUGGAGAUGUGCUGGAGCCACAACAGUGAGGGAGUUUGAAAGAAGAAUGCAGGAAAUGAAGGAUUUGGAUGUCAAGGCAUGGGAGUAUCUUGCUGACAUCAACCCUGCACAAUGGUCUAAGUCUCAUUUUAGUAGUAGAGCUUUGUGUGAUUGUUUAGCUAAUAACUUGAGUGAGUCUUUUAAUGCCAUGAUUUUAGAAGCUAGGGAUAAGCCAAUUUUAGCAAUGUUGGAGUGGAUUAGAGUUAGGCUCAUGACCAAACAAUACAAAAAGAUGAGAGGUAUAACAAAAUACACUGGAAAAGUUUGUCCUAAUAUUCAAGACAAAUUAGAGAAGUUAAAACAUGAAUCUAUACCUUUCAGUGCUACUCCAGCAGGCAGCUUCAUGUAUGAGGUUGAUAAUGGUCAUGAGAGACAUGUGGUUGACUUGGCUAAGAAAGCAUGCAACUGUAGGAUUUGGGAUUUGACAGGACUUCCCUGCAAACAUGGGAUCUCUGCUAUUGUUAAGAACCUGGAGAAAGUGGAGGACUAUGUGCAUCCUUGUUACUUAAAAGAGACAUUUGCUGAAACAUACAAAGAGAUAAUACAGCCAAUGCCUGGCCAGUCUGAGUGGGUUAAGACUAACCAACCUGCUCCUGUUGCUCCUCAUGUGUAUAAACCACCUGGCAGACCACCAAAGCAAAGAAAAAGAGAUCCUGAAGAGCUAAGGAACCCUUAUAGAGUUUCUAGGAUGAACAAGACAAUCAAGUGUGGGAAGUGCAAGAAAGAAGGACAUAAUGCAAGAGGGUGCAAGGCAGGCAUAACUGGUGAAACUCCAUGGCAGAGAAGAGAUAGACUUGCUAAAUCAGCAGCUGCACAAGACAGUAAAUCUACAAAAACAAAGCAGACUGCAACACCUCAAACUGCAUCUCAGCCACCAAGUGCUAGAUCUCAGAGUGCAUACAGAGCUUUUGGUCAAACUGCAUCUCAACCUGCACCAAACAAUAGAUCUGAGGCUGCAACUCAACCUGCAACUAGAUCUAAGGCUAACUGGUUCUCUUCAUCUUCACAACCAAGCUUCCAUACCCCUAGAAAGACAUGGGAUUCUUUACCAUCUCAGGCACUUCUGGCUUGUUCUAUUUUGUUUAUUUUUUUCCUCUUACUUGCUAUUGUUGGAUCAUCUUGCUAAU